AUGAUCAACUAUGAACACCGAUACCGUCCAGGAUCAGCUUGAAAGCCUCACAAUCUCUCCGAUCAAUGUCAAUAUAAAACGCCUCCCACGCCUCACUGACUACCUCCCCAACCUCCGUAAAUACACCAACCCUUUACAAAACAACAGCUUCUACCACCACUUAGACGACGAUGGAUUCUACAUUUCCCACUCUGACAUCAUCCUACGUCAGAUUGUCUUUGACUUUUCCGGUAACUUUCCUACAAAUUCACCUCACUUGGCCUACCAUCGUGCCGGACCCCGCAAAGAAAUCUUGUUUAAUCCCAAACAAGUGCAUGCCGCCAUUGUCACCUGUGGAGGUCUAUGUCCUGGACUCAAUACUGUGAUCCGUGAAUUAGUUGUUGGGUUAUGGGAGUUGUAUGGGGUCCGGGAGAUAUUUGGAAUCAAAGCAGGAUACCGUGGGUUUUAUUCGUCUGAUCCAAUUAGGCUUGAUCCAAAACUGGUUCACAAUUGGCAUAAGAGAGGGGGUACUGCACUUGAAUCAUCCAGAGGCGGUUUUGAUCUUGAAAAGAUCAUCAAUGCCAUUGAAACUCGCGGUUUUAAUCAGGUGUACAUCAUUGGAGGAGAUGGCACUCUACGAGGCGCUGUAAAAAUAUUUAAUGAACUUCACCGCCGCAAACUAAACGUUGCAGUUGUUGGGAUUCCAAAAACAGUAGACAACGAUGUGGGAGUUAUUGACCGAUCAUUUGGAUUCCAGACAGCUGUUGAGAUGGCCCAGCAUGCCAUUAGUGCAGCCCAUGUUGAGGCCGAGAGUGCACCUAAUGGAAUAGGACUGGUCAAGCUCAUGGGUCGCCACUCUGGUCACAUCACCCUGGAUGCAACUCUAAGCAGUUGUGAUGUCGAUUGCUGUUUGAUUCCUGAAAAUGACUUUUACCUUGAAGGCAAAGGAGGCUUAUUUGAGUUUCUUACCCAGCGUUUGAAAGAAAAUGGGCAUGCAGUUAUUGUCGUGGCAGAAGGAGCAGGCCAAAAUAUCAUUCCCAGGACUGAUUUGCAGAAACAGGAGAAGGAUGAAUCAGGGAAUCCGGUUUUUUUAGAUGUCGGGGCAUGGUUAAAUUCAGAGAUCAAGAAGUGGUGGGAGAGAGAUCACAAGGGUGAGUUGUUUACGAUUAAGUAUAUAGAUCCUACUUACAUGAUACGGGCUGUUACAGCUAAUGCUACGGAUAAUUUGUACUGUACAUUGUUGGCCCAUUCGGCUAUCCACGGGAUUAUGGCAGGAUACACAGGGUUUGUAACAGGUCCAAUAAAUGGUAACUAUGCUUACAUUCCUAUGGACGAGGUGGCAGACUCUAAAAGUCCAGUAGGUACCAAAGACCACAAGUGGAAUUGGGUUAGAUCAGUCACUGCUCAGCCUGAUUUUCAGAGAGCUUAAGCCCAAGCCCAAGGC